GAUGACCCCGAGCUUUCUGAUCACUCCCCUCCUGGAUCCGAAUAUUCUGACGACGACGCUGACGAUGCUGACGAUGCCUAAGAAGCUGCCGGUAUCAAGAAAGCUUCACGUAUCUCUGCAACCACGGGUAAUGUUUAUAGAGUAGGGAAGCCAUGACGGGGCAAGCAUCUCCUGUCAUGACACGACUCCGAUCCAUGGCCAUUUUCUCUAGCAACCAGACACACAUCAUAGCAUCUAUCUCGAUAUAAUGCAAAACAUAUCCUCAGAGCUUAUUACUUCAUUGACGCGGCCGACGUUUGUUCGUCAACCCAUGUGGUGUCAAGGUUGCUCCGCUGUAUUCAGAAACAGCGUAGCAAACAGUGCCACGACAAAGAGACCACCAUUCAUUGUGCCAUCUGCCAAACUUCUUUGUCCUGAGAACGUUUGCGAGGGCUUAAAACCUGAAUUUGGAAACAUGGUAAGCUUGAUAGGAGAGCGUGGGACCUGUCUAACUGCUUCACAAAUACACACUUCCACGUCUUCUCGGCCAAGUCUCUGCAACAUGGCAGCAGUUCCUCCGCCACAAAAUCCCCUUCCAAUUGACCUAAACACAGAUCUUCACGGAUUCGGUAACCUCCGUCAAGGCGCGAAAGAAUUCUUGGUCGACAGAUUUCUGAGAUGGACGUUCAGACGUCCCGAGCGGCCCUUGCGUCGCAAUCUGUCUGAAGGACAAUGGCUUCCGAUGCAACCAGUUUUCUCUGGAGGCGAACAUCCACUUGACGCUGGCGAUAUGGGUAUGGUGCACCUUUGGGCCUGUGUCGACGACAGAAAUCGCGUCAAAGACCGAGUCAUUGUGAAGCAAGUCAUACCAGGCAGCCUGAGAUUCCAAUAUCCAAAUCUUUGGCGUAAUGGAGAGAUUGGAGGCGAGCCCAGAGAAAGUAUGCUGAGCAAUGCAGUCUCCAGGUUGAUGGCUCUUACAACUCCUGGAAACGAAAAGUUCAUUACAGAAUGCCUUGGCUAUGGCGAUGUGCAGAGUCCUUAUCAAUACGACGUAAAAGGAAGGUCUAUAGUGCGCAAUGAAUAUGAACUGCCACUAAGACCUUUGAUAUACAACUUACCAGGCUAUAAGCUAUACUUUGAGUAUUGUGCUUAUGGAGAAUUGCGAGAGGCAAUAUUUCGGCAAAGGGUGGCUGGUGAACUUUUUCACGAAGGCUUCAUCUGGAUGACAUUCGAAGCACUCGCAAAAUGUGCCGAAGCAAUGGAGCGAUGUAACAUUGUACAUGCAGAUAUAAUGACAGCCAACAGUGAGUUCAACUUGACGACUUUUCCAAAAGACAUGGUUGACUGGCGAGCAAGUUUUGCUAGGGACCUCCGACCCUCAGCAGUUCAAGAUCUGGCCGACUCCCAAGGUGAGCUCUCCCGGAAGAGCACCUGAUCGCUCCUGCUGAACUGACGACAAUGCAGCUGUCCGAUUUUGGUUCUGCUCAUGUCAUCGAUGGA